AUGGAUGCGAUGAAGAAUCAAAACUCUGAUAUUUUUGCACGCCACCCUUCUCCUCUAGUCUUUCUGCUUUCGGAUCCGAAAGUGAUUAUAGCUAAAGAGACAACUCCUAAUCAGCAGGAUCUCCCUUUAGGUGAGAUUCCUCCUGAACAUGAAGUAGGAUCUACUUCAGGUGUUGAGAAGCUGCAUACUUAUGGCUCAGCGGAAUUAUCUACUAUGCUUCAGCAAUUGAUGGAUGAGUUUAGAACUGAGAAGGCUCUGGUAGGCGAACAGUUGAAUCUGCAGGAUCAGAGGAAUGAAGAACAACAGGACAUUAAUGCUGGGAAUAUGAAGUUGUUUCAAGAAAUACCUUCAAAGAUUUCUGAGAAAUCAAAAACCUAG